CGUCUCGUUUAUUGGUCAUCAUCCCCCCAUAUAUACAGGUUCCUUGUAGUCGACAACCAAGCUGCAUAGCUCUCUCCUCCUUUUCACAGCCACAUUUCUCUGCUUCUUCCUGGAAGCACGAAUUAUAAGAUAGAGGACAUGGAAGAAUCAAGUAAGGGAGCCAAAAGGAACAGGCAGAGAUCUUCCAGUUCCAUGGCAGGCUAUUUUCACGAUCCAUGCCAAAAUUUUUCUGCACCUAGAGACCAUUUUUGCCAGUCUUCUAACUUCACACAUGCAACUUCACCAAAAGCAACAGCGGUGGAGCAGCCACUAAAGCAUGGGCGCGAUUGCUACUACAUCCAGUCUUCUUGGCCUCCAUCAAUAAGCAAAGGUCUUGCAGCAUCUCCUGGCAAAAUUGACAAAAUUAAGACAAGUCACAAUUCCCAACGAAGUGGCUGGAGUGUUGCCUGGCAAUGGUCAAGAAUGCGCCAAAGCAUAAUCAGAAAAAAUAAUGCAACCGACUUUCUAAGUACAAGGUCUUUCAAUGGAUAUCCCCAGGAAAUUACUUUUGAAGCCAAUUGCUCACAAGAAAACUCAAGGAAAGAAAUUGAUCCUAUAAACCCGGAUAAUUUCUCCCAAUCCGGCUACAGUUAUGGAUAUUUCAGCAAUGAUAUCCAACAUAGUCAUAGCCAGCAGAAGAGGCUUAGCAUGAGUGAGCACAGGUCAAGCACAAGCCUCAGUCACAAGUACCAGCCAAAGAGUUUCCAGCAGCUGGUAGGCCAUGAAAUUAACAUUAAGGUCAUAUCUAAUGCUAUUCAGGGGAAUAAAGUCGCCCAACUGUAUCUUUUUCAUGGUCCUAGUGGCACUGGAAAGACAUCAAUUGCUAGAGUAUUUGCCAUGGCAUUACUCUGUGAAUCUACUUCACCUGAAAAACCAUGCUGGACUUGCAGAGGAUGUAGUAGAAGCCUUUAUAUGAUGAAAUUGUGCUCUGGAACUAGAACCACUGGAUUUCAAAGAAUUAGUACACUUCUCCAGCGCACGUCAUUUGCACAAGCAGUGCCAGGAUUUAAGGUUUUCAUAAUCGAGGAGUCUCAUUCACUGACCGUAGAAGCGUGGGAUGAUCUUUUGGGUAUAUUAGAAAAUAUAAACAGUGCUACUUUCAUUUUUGUGUUGAUUGCUGAUGAUGCAAACACGAUUCCAGAAUCCAUAUCAUCAAAAUGUCAGAAAUUCUCUUUUCCAAAACUUAACAACAAGGAUGUCGCAUUAAAGCUAGCAAGAAUAGUCGCUCAGGAGGCAAUUACAAUUGAAAAAGACGCUGUGGAACUGAUUGUUGCCAAGGCAGAAGGAUCACUGAAAGAAGCAGAACACAUAUUGGGUCAGUUAAUUUUAUUGGGUCCAAGAAUCACUGGUUCCAUGGUGCAACAACUUGUAGGUGCCUUUUCUUUUAACUUCUCUAUCAGCUUUCACGCUCCUCCAUAUCCAUUGCAAAAACGACACUCUAGCAGUAUGUCAACCACCUUCCACAAAAGGGAGGAAUGCCUAUGACUCAGGUAAGGGGGUACAUUACCCCUUUCCACAGAGAUCAAAAUUUUAGUGGUGCAUGACAUAUUUAUGGAAGACUAUGAUACCAUGUUAAAUUUGUGUCAGAACUAACUCAGCCUAAAAACUAGUUCGAGGGGAUUCAACACACCCCUCAUGUCUAAAAGCCCAGAAUUUUACUGGUACAUGGUCUAACUCACCCAAAAACUAGUUUAAGAGAGAGUGUCCAUGGCUCAUAUAAGGGCAUUAUCCUUUUUACAACCGCCGUGAGAUUCAACAGAAACUUUCAAUAAUGAAAUGUUUUCCUUAUUUUUCUGCAUGCAGGUAGGUCUAGUUCCAAAAAGUAAACUCAUCAAUUUACUCAAAGCAGCUCUUUCAGGAGACGCUAGGAAAACGGUUAUAACGGCAAAGGAAUUGAUUGCAUCUGGGGUUGAAGCUGAGGUCAUUGUAUACCAAUUGACAUCCCUCAUUAUAAAUAUACUUACUAUCACUAGUCCUGCUCACUCAGGAAUUGAUGGGCCAUCCAAAGAUGAGGAAUCGCUAGAAACUGAAUCACAAUUCAAAGACACUCAAUCAGAGAACUUAUGCCAUGCGUUAAAGAUAUUACUUGAAGCGGAGAAGCAGCAUAGAUCAUCUUUUGCCAACAUUACAUGGGUAUAUAGGGCUCUUCUACAGAUUGCUUCGCGAGAUAUUUCUGAGGGAAUAUCUUCAGGAAUCUCCUUUUCUAAGAGGACAGUACAAUCCUCGGGUGACACAAUCCAAUCUCACAGCAGAAACUUGGCAAGUCAUCAUUGCAACUUUGAGACUUGCGUGCAACAAAGUACACGCAGCAGAGACCUAAAGAUGAAAUCCAAGGGGAAAGGAGUUGAGAGUGAGCUCUACUUAGCUAACACGAAAGACAUGGAUGAGAUUUGGUUGAAUAUUCUUGAAAGAAUAGAAAGCAAGGAUAUGAAAGAAUUCUUGUCCAGCCAUGUGAAGCUUGCAUCGUUAACAGUAUCCACUGGUAAUGCUCUUCUUCCUACUAGGUAGUUGUUUAAUGCAAUAACUAUUUACUUGCUAUAAAGAAAGUUUAUUCAAGUGAAACCAUUUUUUUUUGGGUUGUAAAUUAUUCACUCGCAACAGCCAAUGUCAUUGUACAUUUGAUGUUCAAAAAAGCUGAAGACAAGCUGGCAGCCCAGAUGUCUGAAGAAAGCAUUUCGAAAGCUUUAGAAACUGCCAUUGGGUGCUUGGUUUUGGUAAAUAUGAGCUUGGAGCCAGUUGACGUAGGAAUCAUCAAAGAAGAUACAGACUCUUCCAAAAACUACCAGCCAGCAGAAUGCAAUCAUCCAAGAGAACGGCAUAAAAAUUCAUUUCCUGAGAUUUUACACAACAAAAGUCCUGGGGCCACAUUGCACCAAAGUAUAUAUAGGAAAUUGGAACCUCCAUUAGUUAACAAUGCACAACACGCUGAACUGAAAGAUAACACAUUAAUAUCGGAAAUGCAAGCAACAAGAGAAACAAAGACACGCAGUCAGAUUUUACCCUGUUUUGGACCUCUGAUGCAGGAGAACCAAAUGAGAACCUCCACAGGUCCCACAAACAAUUCUUUGGGGAAGGAUCAAUUUUUGCUAGAUAUAGCCCAGAUAUUAAGAAAUGAAGAGCCUGAACACAAAUGGUUGUCGUUGUCCUUUUUUCAGCAAAAUGAUGCAAGUGUCGAGCCAUACAGCCAAGAUAUCCUGUACGAAAAUGCAAAUGGAGACAAAGAGAAUAGAGCGAAAAAAGACCCAGAGCUGCGAAAAAACUCCUCCAAAGUUCAUGAAGUUAAUAAUUUGCACAAGAACAGAGAAAGCAUGUAAGCAGGAAAACACACGAUAUUUUUCUGUCCUUUUUUUUGGCAUUUAAAUAUAGAAAAAUGAAGUUGAUCCUCUUUCUCUCUUUCCUAUAAUUUUGAACAGGGGAUUAUUCCGCUCUUGGAGUUGCAAGGAGGUGUUUUGUCAGAAGAAGACAAGAAGAAAGAAUCGUCCAUUAGCAUGAUUGUUAAAAAAUAACAACGCGUAUAUAUCUUGGAAGUAAUCCAAACUGGUCCUCCGCCAAAGCUGUGCUUCCAGAAAUAGUUUCUAUAUCCAUUCAUAAAAUACUGUUUGCCUGAGCUCUAUAGUAACAUUGUCUGUCUAUUGGUAUCUUCGAAAUCUGAAUUUUAAAACCUGGCAAAGUAUACAUGUGAAUUUCAUUCCUUUGCAAUGGUUUACACUUCACAAUUUCUCAGAGAUCCAUCAACUUUUUCCACCGCCCACGCAAUACUACAAGGCAAAAGCUCCAUCUAUUGAAAUGGAUCCACAUUUAAGGUCUAAUUUAAAGCAGGAUUCUGAACUAGGAAAGGAAUUUCUUCAUACAUAUCAACUUGUCUAAAUUUAUUAAUACACAUCUCCAAGUGUUGGAUGAUUAAACGGGCUUCUAGCUGAUAUCAGCUAUGAUCGACACCCACAGAAAGAGGCAUCUAUAUAUGUAUAUUUUUUUAUAUAUAUAAAACUGAGCUCUACUGAGUUAACAUACACCCCUUUUAGCACCGCCUGAACAGGUUGUCCUAUGUCCAAAUUCUCCUUCCCGCAACCCUCCC